AAACAGCAGUUUGUACGUGGUUCAGCAGAGAAGUAAUUAGUUAGGUGUAUGCUUUUUGCCUCUGCAGCGCAGAACGUCCAGUAGGAGUGCGAUUUCCUUGUCCAAUGCUGGUGAAUUUGAUUAUAAUAUGUGAAGCGCACAAUCGUUACCUCCAUUAUGUCGCGGGACGGGGUUGUUGCCCAGUAUGGUGUAGGUCUCAAGAGCAGACAGAACGAUACACGCGUUCGAAAUGCCCUGCUGCUUCAGCAGUUUGUCAACAAUGACCUCCGUGCAAUGUCCAAUGAUGAGGCAAGUGAGCUUCUGGAUGAAUUGAGCCGCAAGUACAUAUUCCCGCUUUGUUCGUCAUCAGAGAUACACGAGAAGAAGGGCGGUGUUCUGGCCAUGAUGACGCUUACGUCUACGGGUGAUGCCAACCAGGUCAAAAUGGGUCGUUUCAUGACGUAUCUACGACAGAUGCUUCCAACACCUGAUGUCGUCCUAACCGAAAUGGUGGCGCGCACCAUCGGGCGGCUGGCUCUGACCGGUGGCAGCACCACGGCUGGCUACGUAGACUUCGACAUGAACCGAGCCAUGGAGUGGCUGGUUGGCGACCGCCAUGAGCACAAACGCUAUGCGGCCGUGCUCAUCCUGCGCGAGCUGGCGCACAACGUGCCCACGUUCUUCUUCCAGAAAGUCCAGCAGUUCUUCGACUGCAUCUUCAACGCCGUCCGCGACUCGAAGAAAAACAUCCGGGAGGGUGCUGUGACGGCUCUCCAUGCCGGACUAGUUCUGACGGCGCAGCGAGAAACUAAGGAGCGUCAUCGCGGCACGGGCGACUAUUAUCAGUGUGCAUAUACUGAGGUGCUCAAAGGCCUUCAGGACAGCUCCUUGAAGUCGGCCAGCAAAGAGAAGGGUGCGCAGCUGACUCGUGAAGACCUUAUCCACGGUUCACUGCUGAUCCUGAUGGAGUUGGUCCGCUGCUCAACCAGCAGCCGUGACGAGGUGAUCGAGCAGCAGUUGAUGAACGAGGCCUUGGGAACAGAGGGGGCACAGCCCGUCACUCCGCCUGCGCCCAGCUGGGAGGACCUACUUCGACCCACGGCGAAUUCGUGUGUGGCCAGCUCCAUCAUUCCACGCAUGCGCGUGGACACCAGUGCUGCUGGACUGCACGCACCAGUGACGUACGCUGGAGGAGGACGCAAGGCUCGCUCCUUGGAGCAGGUGGAGGAAGCAGCGGAGCAAUUGAUGCCCUCGACUGACAGAGCAACACCUCGCUACAGCUCUGUUUGCCGGGCGCUGAUGGAGUCAAAGUUUACCGAGACCUGUCAACUGGUGCUGAAUCAUCGCAACUCUCGCAGCGUAGCAGUGCAGCAGAUCAUUUACCGUCUCUUGCCGCGCCUGGCAUUGCUGAAACCCGACAUCUUUGUUGAGAAAUUCCUUCCGAUGACCAUGACCUUUCUACUGGCUGGCCUGAAAAAGGAGCGUGACAAGGCACAGGCAUUCCGUGCCAUUGGCAUGAUGGCGUAUGCCGUGGGUACCAAGAUCAACACGUACCUUGAUCCCAUCGUGCAGGCUAUCAAGCAGUCAUUGCCGACGAAAGAGUCCGGCACUGCCGCCAGCAGACGUGCCCGUCCAACAGACCCAGCCGUCUUCUCUUGCAUCAGCCUGCUGUCGCGGGCAAUCGGAGAUGCCCUGUAUGCGGAUAUGAAGGUCUCUUUGGAGAACAUGCUUGCUGGCAGCUUGACACCACCACUGACGGCAUGCCUCCAGACCAUGGCCAACAAAAUCCCUAACCUGUGCAAGGACAUUCAAGAGGGCGUCUUGAAAGUCUUGUCGCGCGUCCUCAUGAACCAGCCGUUGCGUCAUCCUGGCGACCCGCGUGCCAUCACCAGUGUUUCUACCCCUCUCCCACCGGUGGAGCCUGACACAGGCACGAUAAUGCUGGCCGUGAAAACCCUCGGAGAGUUCGAUUUCACUGCUCUGCUGUACCCUGGCUCUGGUCACCCCCUGACGGCGUUUGUGCAGCACUGUGCAAACAGCUACCUCAACCAUGAGAACGCGGCCGUGCGUAAGGAAGCAGUUAGGACCUGUGCUAAUCUUCUCGUACCUAUACGACCGAUCCAAUACCCUGGCGCGUCUUUUCACAGCAUGCAGGUCAGCGUCACUUCAACGCAGCACAUAUGUGACGUUCUCAAGAAGCUGCUCAAUGUCGGUGUGACUGAUCCAGAGGCGGACGUACGGCGCUGCGUCUUUGCCAACCUUCACGAGCGGUUUGACACGUACCUGGCACAAGCGGAGAACCUGCGAGCGCUGUUCGCCGCGCUCAACGAGACUGAGUUUGAGGUGCGCGAGCUGGCUAUCCAGAUCACUGGCCGCCUGUGCACCAUCAAUCCGGCAUUCAUCAUGCCCGUGCUGCGCAAGUGCUUGAUCAAUGUGCUGACCGAGCUGCAAUACAGCGGCAUUGCUCGGAGCAAGGAGCAGGCGGCGCGCCUCAUCUGCCACCUGAUCACGUACGCGCCGAAGCUGACCAAGCCCUACAUGGGGCCAGUCAUGCUGACUCUCAUGCCGCUGUUGAAGAGCGCGGAGACGAGCUCAUCGCUUGUCAUGCAGCUACUGGUGGCUGUCGGUCAGCAAGCUCAGGUGUGCGGCCCUGAUAUGCUGGGCCAUGUUCCGGAGCUCUGCCCGCUCAUCAUAGACAUGCUGCAGGACUCUGCGUCGACCAGCAAGCGAGAGGUUGCACUGUGGACGCUAGGCCAGCUACUAAGCAGUACUGGUCAAAUUGAACAGGCGUACUUCAAGCACCGUAACCUGCUAGAAGUGCUGCUCAACAUCCUCAAAAUGGAGCACCUCCCUUCAAUACGUCGUGAGGCAAUGCGUGUGCUUGGCCUACUGGGUGCACUGGACCCGUACAAGUACAAGACACUUACCGACGAGACGGACAGCAAGAGCGAGCUAGGCAGCAGUCAGGAAUUGACCACAACCGAACAAGCCGAUACGCCGUCGGAGUUGCUGAUCAAUUCCGCCAACGGUCAACUGGAGGAUUUCUACCCGGUGACCUCACUCACCAUGCUGAUGAAGGUGCUAAAGGAACCAUCUCUACACGAGCAUCAUAAGAUGUGUGUGCAGGCGGUUACAUUGAUUUUCCAAUCUCUGGGACUGAAGUGUGUUCCCUUCAUCAAGCAGAUUGUCCCGUCCUAUAUCGACGUUAUCUACAUCAGUGAUAACAAGGACAGAGAGUUCUUGUUCCAACAACUCGGCAAAAUCAUCAGCGUGGUGAAACAGCACAUACGUCCCUACCUGGAUGAUAUCUUCCGGGCUGUCAAGACGUAUUGGGUUGUGUCGACCAGCACGGCUGCGUUACAGAACACAUGCGUGUCACUGCUGGAGCAGAUUGCUGCUGCUCUUGGCGGUGAAUUUAGCAUCUAUUUGCCUCAGCUGAUGCCGCUGUUCUUGCAAGUUCUGCACAACGAUCAGUCCACCAACAGAAUAGUCACCCGAAAUCUUCUUCAGUCUUUGAAAAAGCUUGGCAUGUGUUUAGAUGACUAUCUACAUCUUCUCGUACCACCGAUCGUCAAGACGUAUCAGAUAAAAACCAUGCCGAUAGAAGUCCGAAAAACUGCAAUCAGCACUCUGAACUCGCUGACGGAGUCGGUGAACUUCUCCGAGCUCUCCUCAUGCAUUGUUCACUCGCUGGUACGGGUGCUGGAUACGGCAGAGCUCCAGGAUAUCUCCAUGACGAUGAUAUGCGCCAUGAUUGUGCUGCUGCAGAAGGACUUUCUAAUCUACGACCGCCUCGUCAGCAAGAUGGUGUCAAAGUACAAGAUCUCACACGAGUGCUACGAACGACUCAUCGGACGUAUCCGCAACCACGAGAACAUCAACGACGCGGAGACCAUCGAGUUCUAUAAGAACUGCCGUCUGAAAGCUCGCAUUCCGAGCAUGGACGAUUUGUCAGCGAUGGAAGCUGCUAGCAUCAGUCGCAAAUUGACAACCCACUGGUCACACCUGGAAAAAGACUGGGACUCGUCAGGCCUGGUAUCUCGCGAAGACUGGAUGCUGUGGCUGCGGCGGCUGAGCAUCAAGCUGCUGAAGGAGUCGCCAUCGCCGUCGUUGCGUUACUGCUACGUGCUUGCCGACUCUCACGACCCGAUAGCACGAGAGCUGUUCAACGCAGCGUUCGUGUCCUGCUGGGGAGCGCUGCAGGAGAACCAGCAAGAGGAGCUGGUGACCGCCCUGGAGCAGGUACUGCAGUCGCAAAGCUUGCCGGAAGUCACGCAGCUGCUGCUCAACCUGGCGGAGUUCAUGGAACAUACAGAGAAGGGUGCUCUUCCAUUGAAGAAAGAGCUGAUGGGUGAAUGUGCAAUGAAGUGCCGUGCCUACGCCAAGGCGUUGCAUUACAAGGAAGAAGAGUUCCAUAGCGGACCAACAGCGGCGACGCUAGAGGCACUUAUCAGCAUCAACAACGAGCUUGGCUUGGCCGAAGCUGCCCAGGGCGUUCUGGUCUAUGCGGACAAGCAUCACGAAGCCGAUUUGCGGGCCAAGGAGACUUGGUACGAGAAGUUGCGCGACUGGGAUAACGCACACGCCCUGUACGAGAAGCGGCAUUUGGAAGACCCGGAUAACCUGGAGCUGACUCUGGGGCGUAUGCGCUGCCUGGAAGCCAUGGGAGAGUGGUCACGACUAUUCAGCCUCGCCGAAGACAAAUGGCCGACCAUUGGCGAAGACGCGCAGCAGAAGAUGGCGCGAAUGGCCGCAUCGGCAUCCUGGGGCAUUGCCAACUGGCAGUCGAUGGACGCGUACGCGUGCAUGAUCCCACCGGACAGCUACGACGGUGCCUUCUACCGCUCCGUCAUUGCCAUCCACGACAACCAAUUUGAUCUGGCACAGCGGUGCAUCGACCUGUCUCGCGAAAUACUCGACACUGAGCUUACAGCGAUGGUCGGCGAGAGCUACAACCGAGCGUAUCAGGGUAUGGUAUUUGUACAGAUGCUGUCUGAGCUGGAAGAGGUCGUCCUCUACAAGACGCGUCCGGAAAAGCAGCCAGUGAUUCGCAAGAUCUGGUGGGAUCGCCUGCAGAACUGUGACCGUAAUGUGGAGGACUGGCAGCGCAUACUGCGAGUACGAUCUCUGGUACUCACUGAUCAGGAAAACAAGCACACGCUAAUCAAGUUUGCCAGUCUGUGUCGCAAGAGCAACCGACUAGAGCUCUCCCACAAGACCCUGUGUAGUCUAUUUGGCUGUGAGCCAAGCAAACUGCCCGAGGUGCCCACAACGUUUCCCCAUGUAGCGUUUGCAUACAUGAAGCACUUGUGGGAUGCCAAUGACAGGGAGAAGGCGUACCAGCAUCUGAUCCACUUUGUACGCUCGUCGCUGCACCCGCAGGCCAUGAGCAUGCCACCGAACAUGGUGGAUAUGAGCAUGCACAUGUCACCGGGUGGCCACUACGACACCCAGGGCAACUACAACCUCAACCGAUUGCUGGCCAAAUGCUACUUGAAGCUGGGUGAAUGGCAGAUUGGUUUGAGAGGUUUGAGCGAGAAGACCAUCCCGCAGAUCAUUAACUUCUACAACAAAGCAACCGAACAUGACUCGAGCAGUUACAAGGCCUGGCAUCACUGGGCCAUGAUGAACUUUGAAGCCGUCCUGUACUACGGACAUCGUGCCAACACGCCCAUGGCCACCACCCCUGUAUCACCAACAGUCUCUUACCAGCCCCUUCCUAACCAAUCCAAUGCCCGUGCUGUGGCGGCAGUCCUGGUACACCAAUACGCCAAGCCCGCUGUGCAAGGCUUCUUCCGAUCCAUUGCACUUGCACAGGAGAAGAAAGUCAACUCCUUGCAAGACACUCUCAGAUUACUGACACUGUGGUUUGAGUAUGGUCACUGGCCUGAUGUGUAUGAGUCGUUGAUGGAAGGUGUCAAGUCCAUACAAGUGGACACCUGGCUUCAAGUCAUUCCUCAGCUGAUUGCUCGCAUCCACACUCAUCGGCAGCUGGUUGGCCGUUUGAUCCACCAUCUGUUGAUAGACAUUGGCAAACACCAUCCGCAGGCACUCAUCUACCCACUGACCGUGGCAUCCAAGUCUACCAGUCAGGACCGUCGCAACGCCGCCAACCUGGUGCUGCAGAACAUGCGCGAGCACAGCAACACGCUCGUCAACCAAGCCAUCAUGGUCAGCGACGAGCUUAUCCGCGUGGCAAUCCUCUGGCACGAGCAGUGGCACGAAGGGCUGGAAGAGGCAUCACGGCUAUACUUUGGUGAGCGGAACGUGCAGUCUAUGUUCCAAGUGCUGGAACCGUUGCACGAGAUGAUGGCCCGUGGUGCGCAGACGGUCAAGGAGACAAACUUCAACCAGGCGUACGGCCGAGACCUGCAGGAGGCCAAUGAGUGGUGCAAGAAGUACAGGCGGUCGAAUAACGACAAGGACCUCACCCAGGCGUGGGACUUGUAUUAUCACAUCUUCCGGCGUAUUUCCAAGCAGCUGCCAACGCUGACGAAUCUGGAGUUGCAGUCGGUGUCGCCAAAGCUCAUGGCCUGCCACGACCUGGAGCUGUCUGUUCCCGGCCUGUACGAAGUCAACAAGCCCAUUAUCCGCAUCCAGAAAAUUGCACAAGCGCUGAACGUUAUCACGUCCAAGCAGCGGCCGCGCAAGCUGUCCAUCUACGGCAGCAACGGCUCCGAGUUCAUGUUCCUGCUGAAGGGCCACGAAGACUUGCGGCAAGACGAGCGCGUCAUGCAGCUCUUUGGUCUGGUCAACACACUGCUCGCCAAUGACUCCGAGACCUUCAAGAACCAUCUAAGCAUUAUGCGCUACGCAGUGAUCCCGCUAUCCACCAACUCUGGACUCAUCGGCUGGGUGCCGCACUGCGAUACGCUGCACGCUCUGAUCCGUGACUAUCGCGAGAAGAAGAAGAUCCUGCUGAACAUCGAACAUCGCAUCAUGCUCAGGAUGGCACCGGAGUACGAUCACUUGACAGUCACACAGAAGGUCGAGGUGUUCGAACAUGCGAUUGAGCACACCAGUGGAGACGACUUAGCCAGGGUGCUCUGGCUCAAGAGUCCCAGCUCCGAGGUGUGGUUUGACCGACGCACAAAUUACUCCCGUUCACUUGCGGUGAUGUCAAUGGUGGGAUACGUGCUAGGUCUGGGAGACAGGCAUCCAUCCAAUCUUAUGUUAGAACGUCUGUCGGGACGCAUCCUGCACAUUGACUUUGGAGACUGUUUCGAGGUUGCCAUGACCAGGGAUAAGUUCCCGGAGAAGAUUCCCUUCCGCUUGACGAGAAUGUUGACCAACGCUAUGGAGGUGACGGGUAUCGAGGGCAACUUCCGACUGACGUGCCACAGCACCAUGCGUGUGCUGCGUGCGCACAAAGACAGCGUCAUGGCCGUCUUGGAAGCAUUCGUCUACGACCCGCUGCUCAACUGGAGAUUGACCAAUGAUGGUCAGCGGAAGAGCAAGCCGAAAACACCGGCUGCCAAUGGUGCCCACGGAGCAGUUGGUGGGCCGGCAGUACCAAUGCCUGUUCCAGUAGCUACGGCGGGGCCGGAACAUAAUGGUGGUGCUGCGAUGUUGGAGCCAAAUUACGGCCUCGGUAUCGGUGUUCGACCUGUACAUGGUGCCGUGUAUGGCCCAGAUGAUGGUGCCAAGCCCGAGGCAAUGGAUAAGCGGGCACUGCAGAUUCUCGGCCGCGUCCGUGACAAGCUCACUGGUCACGACUUCCCGCACGUGGAGCAGUGUGCAGUGGAGACGCAGGUAAAGCUCCUAGUGGAGCAGGCUGCCUCACACCAGAAUCUCUGCCAAUGUUACAUAGGCUGGUGUCCCUUCUGGUAGAAUCACAGGCGUCUAGUCAGAGGCACAGUAUCUGGUGCCCUUGUUGUCCAUGUAGAUGUGUGUAGGGACCUCCAAAGCAGGGCAACACUAGGAAUAUGGCCGCUGGGUGCGGUGAGUGUGCCUUUGCUAACUUUUUGUUCACGUGAUCUGGCAAGGUUUCGCGCCGGCACGACGUAUAUUUUUCUUUUCCUCUACUCGUUUUCUUUAUCCGCGUUUUGUUUACUCUUUCAUUGCUAACGGCUGCUGCGGGCCACUUUCCAGCAGAUAAAAUUUAAAACACUGGAUUUAUUGCCGGAUUUUUCUUCAGGUAUUGAUCGACCGCUUCAUUAGUACGCUGACAACUCAUCCCUGAGUUUAGCUUGAUGUCCAACAUGUAAUAUAUGUAUGCUACCCUCACUAUUGCUGUAUAUUCCCAUGCAAGUUGCCCCGUCGCAUUGCUGUGGUUCCGAGGCUCUUUUCUUACCCAUGUCCCUGUGAUCACCAGCCGGCUGGUGAUUGUUGUGUUUGAGUUUCUCAGUGUUGGAGUUGUAGCAGCAGUUUUUUUCCUUUCUUCUAUUUCUUUUUCUUGCUGCUGCUGCUUCUGUCGCUACUGCUGUUGAUAUUGUCGUUGUCGUCGCUGUUGCUGUUGUUGCUUCUCGUUUUGUUUUUACCUGCUGGCUCUGUUUAUAUGUACAUAUUAUACUGGUGUUAUCGUCCGCUGUAUAUCUUGUCUCUACUCAUCUACACGGUUCUUCUUCUUUUCUGCCCGGUUUUUCCUGACUUGUCGCUUGAGUUGAGCCUGUUUUUUUCAGGUUUGUUUCGUCAUUUCUCUCCGAUUAUGAUAUCCUUAAUUACCCCGCUCUCCUGUGUUUUUUUGUCUAUUUAUGUGUUUGGCUCGUGUCCUACCACCACUACCCAUCAACUCAACGAGUGAGUUCUUCUCUACUCGGCAUCCCUUUGCCCUUUCCGUGCUGGUUUGGUGUUUUCAUCUCCGCUUUCGUUUGAUUGUAACGGCUGGUCAUGUAGGGUUUUUACAAUCGUAUCAUCUCUUUCGUCUAUUUCAGUAGUGUCAAUGUUGCCGUCCGAAAUCUUUUAACAGUAUUAUAACCGCUGUGCGUUGGUGUUCGUAAGCACUGCAUGAGUGCCAUUGCUGAA